AUGGAAUCUGCAGCUUUAGCAAGUUUCGCGAAGGCGACAAAUUUAGCCACCUCUGCAACUUCAGAAGCCAAAAGCUCUGGUUGGGAAGACACCGAACGAGAACACAAUAUCAAUUCAUUGCAACGGCUUGCCACACCUGAAGAGCAUCAAGAGAAGAGGCAGGAUAUCAGCUGGACAACGGACCCCACGUUCGGAAAGCGGCGCCUAGAGCCUGAGGCGUCGCCGGCGUCGCCGGAGUCGCCGGAGUCGCUCGCGGAACUGCCUCCUGCAAUAGAACCCGCAGCCAAGCGACCUAAGAAUGGGCAUGAGAUCGAGGUUGAUGCUGUACUGCCGCCUUCGCCCGUCGUACCGGUUGUCACCCUGUCCACGUCAGACACUCCUUCCGUCCAGCUCCACGAUUUGUCUCCAUCACACCAAAUCAGACCUCAUGCCCCAGAGAAACAACUAGAUCGCAUGAGCUCCAAUACUUCUGAGAGGGCUGGCACUUCAUCCGAUCUAACAGGACAGCAAUCCAUCGACUUUCGAAUUGUGCAUGAAGUUAUUUGCUAUGAUAAAUUCCACCGAGAUGAAACGCUGUUCGCAACGUCGCCUACUUGGGAAUCCUCACGCGAAUCCUCUGGUAGUCACGGCUGGAAAGCACAUCUCACCUUCACCCAAACGAUUCGCAACAUAGCUGCGUUCAUGAAAGAAUCUCAAGAUAUUUCAUUCCUGGUCUUCAGAUACUAUCGGUGCAGCGACUCAAACAGAUGGGGUCGUCAUCACACUAAGACUACAUCAGACACUGGCGUUAGAUAUGAUGAGACUAUUGCUAUCGUCUCGCCCUCCUUACAGGCAAUAUUCGAUGACGUGAGCCGGUGUGUGCCAGAUAAAGGGAGCGCAGAGAAAGACGGUCCCAAAAAUUAUUCGGCGGAUUUCUUUUACCACCACAGGGCGGCAUUAAAUGAUCGGCACUCGCAGCUUGAAAGUAUGCCAAGAUCAGAGCUGACUGCAAUUUUAGGCUAUGUACAAGCAACAUACGGUACUAGGUUUGGAGAACUUGAUAUGUCAAUCGCCCAAGGAUUCAUCCAGGCAGACGAUCUUGCAGCAAUUUUCUGCCCGAAUCAAGUCGUCAUAUCCAGAAAGGGUGUAACACUCGAGGCUUUCGUUCUCAGAACAUGGCCAUGGAAGCGCGACACCGGUGUCUUACUCGAGUGUUGGCAAUGGGGGUUCGACGGGGGCUCUCUUCGGCGAAAAGAGGUCGAUUUGGAUAUCACCAAGUUGUCGCAGUCGGUGAUGAAAAUUCGCGAUCUAGAAGUCUUUCCCGCGAGUUUCGCGUCAGAAACGGAAAUUGAAUACCUGCAGUCACGUGGUGUCAAGAUUUGGAACAUGAGAUAUCCAAGCUUCGUGGCGUAUGAGGGAUGGGACGGUCAAAAAGAUUAUUUCUACGCCGCAGAGUCAAGAUGGAUGGUAGACUACCGCACAUACAAGCAGAUGCAUCCAACUGCGAAAACUUUCCAUUUUACGUCCAUGCCAAAGUUGCCUUUUGAUCAGUGGCCGGAUACACUGUCUCUUGACCUGGAAAUGCCCCCGGGUGAUUGCCUCCUCGCUUUUCCCGCGACGAUCUCAGCAUUCUCUUUCAAAAAGAAAGCCUGGAGUAUUCUUCGAGUCGAUCAUGUUCGUCGAAUCAAGUGGAAUACGGAGGCAUUCGACCGGCUGGUUUUGCCUGCAAAGACCAAAGAUAUGGUGAAGUCGCUCGUUAUGGUACGCGCAUCACCAAAGCAUUCGAAACAGAGGAAACUAUUGAACGGAAUGCAGGAUGAUAUCAUCCGGGGUAAAGGCAAUGGCCUGAUCAUGCUCUUGCACGGACCGCCGGGAACAGGCAAGACACUGACCGCAGGUAUCGUCGCCGAAAUCGCCAAAAUGCCAUUAUACAGUGUGACAUGUGGUGAUAUAGGGACAAAGCCCGAGGCUGUUGAAAAGUACCUUGGAACGGUCCUUAUGCUUGGCAAGAGAUGGAAUUGUAUCCUUCUGUUGGACGAAGCAGAUGCGUUUCUCGAGGAACGAUCCAUGUCCGACCUAGAAAGAAACAGCUUAGUUUCUGUUUUCCUUAGGACGCUCGAAUACUAUGAUGGCAUACUCAUCCUCACUAGCAACAGAGUUGGCACGUUUGACGAAGCCUUCACCUCGCGCAUCCAGGUGGCGCUCACUUACGGGCCUCUUACAGCCUCAUCACGGAGAAAGAUCUGGCAAAACUUCCUUGACAUGGUGCAAACAGAUAAAGAUGAUGUCGAUAUGGAUGAUCUGCUCAGCCAUUUUGAUGAGUUGGUGAGGGGUUAUGAGAUGAACGGCCGGCAAAUAAGGAACGUCUUCACGACGGCGCGGCAGUUGGCGAUUUUCAAAGAAGAGACGCUGGUCUGGGAUCACCUCGAACAGGCGCUUCAAAGCGUCAGCGCAUUCAACAAAUAUCGCCAGGGCUUGCAUGGGCACACUGAUGACGAGUGGGCCAGAGAGGAGAAGCUGAGGUAG